AGAUUAGAAAAAAAAAGCCAUGAAGCAAGCAAUAAAACUUGGGUACAGGCACAUUGAUACAGCCAUGCUUUAUGGAAGUGAAGCAGAUUUAGGAAAAAGUAUUGCAGAAUCAAUAAGGGAAGGCAUAGUGAGAAGAAAAGAUCUGUUUAUUGUGACUAAGUUACCCACCACCUGCAAUAAGCCAAGUUUAGUACUGCCCGCUGUGAAGCAAAGUCUAAAAAAUCUAAAUUUGGAUUUUGUUGAUUUGUACUUGGUGCAUACCCCAGUAUCACGUGCACUGGUGAAGGAGAUGGUGACAAUUGAAGGAAAACUGGACCAUAAUGGAGAAGCCGUGUUCAAUGAUAUUGAUCCAAGUGUAACAUGGAAGGAAAUGGAAAACCCAGACUUGGGUUUUGCAAAAUCAAUUGGGAUUUCCAAUUACAACAGUGAGCAAGUUAAAUCGCUUAUGACAAGCUGCAGAAUAAAACCAGUAACCAACCAAGUUGAAAGCCACGUUCUGUUGCAGCAAAAUAAGUUGAGGAAUCUUUGUAAUCAGUAUGGCAUACCUUUGACUGCUUACACCGUUCUAGGAGGGCAGCCAAGGGACAAAACUGGUCCUGCUCCUAAUUUAUUAGAAAACCCAACAGUAAAGACAGUUGCUGAGAAACAUGGCAAACUUCCCGCACAAGUAUUGGUAAGAUGGCAACAGAACAACAUAUGAAAUCAAACCUUGAAAUUUUUGAAUUCACCCUCACAGAAGAGGACAUGACUGAACUUUCUGUAUUAGAUUCUAGCUUUCGUUAUUGGACCUAUGACUUAGCCAAACAAAGCAAGCAAUACCCUUUUCACAUUGAAUUUUAAUUCAAUUAUAAAGGAACAAAUUACCAGCAAAUUGCAUAACACUCAAAAUAUAUUUGUAUACCUAAGGUAAACGG